AGUCCGCUUUUCAUCCAGUGCUCCACACGCCAGGCAACUUCUGCUGCUGACUGCAACGUGAACCAGACUGAAGGAAGUCACAUCAAAGAUGCAGAGGGGCUUUGGGAUAUUUUGCAUGUCGCUCAUCUUUUGUGCAACUCUUUCCGAGACCAUCGGGCUAGUUGUUGCGGCAAAAGAAAAGCGAGGCUGGACUAUGAACAGCGCUGGCUACUUGUUAGGGCCCCGUCGUAUUGAUCACCUAAUUCAGAUAAAGGAUUCUCCCAGUGCCAGAGGCAGAGACGAGCUGGUCACUCAAUAUGGACUAGAUGGACUACAUGGACACACGAGACUAGGAGACAAGCCGGGUCUGGCUGGGAAGAGGGACAUAGGCCAGGAGGAGGACUUCAGAACAGGCGCCCUGAGAAUAGCAGAUGAAGAAAUUAUCCACACUGUCAUUGACUUCUUGUCAUACCUCAAACUUAAAGAGAUGGGAGCCUUGGACAGCCUGCCUCCUUCUGUCACAUCAGAUGAACUGGCCAAUCCCUAAGGCUUUUGCUUCUCUGUUAUAAUUGUUGUGUUUCAACUCUUCUCUGGACUCCAACUGCCAUAAAUGUAUUGUAGCUCCUAAAUGUUACAAUAUUGUAGCUCCUAGCACACUGGUAGGUUGGUAGAUUUGUUCUGGUACCAUCUGACUGACUGACCCUCAAUAUCAGAUCUUUCUCCUCUUGUGUAAACAAAAUUUUAUAUCCUCUUAAAGCCAGUAGUUGUGUGCUGACUAUAGGUGGAUCUACAGAAUUGGUACUUUUGUAUAAAACAACUCUAUAUUAUCACCAGAAUAUACUAUUAUGUGUUUUCAGAGAAUGGAGUGAAAUAAAAUAAAUGGCACUAGA